CCAGUGUCUUGACUCCCUUGGCUUCUUGCUUUGGCAUUCUGGACUGCCAGCGUCGGCUUCUACUGUCGUCGUCUUCAUACCAAGUUGGCCAAUCCAGAGGAGCGCAUAAACAUCAAAUCUAUUUAUCGCCUAGCCGGUAACGACCUCGGGCAACGCGUCCAAGUACUUGAGGACGCCCUGUCCAAUCAGAUCCGAACCAGAGUUACAGCAGUCUUAGACCACUCAGGAACAAUGGUUUCCUUUUCGUGCGAGGAGUGUGGUGAUGUUUUGACCAAGAAGAAGCUUGACCCACACAGAAAUCGUUGUCGAGGCGCAACUUUCACCUGCAUCGACUGCAUGGUCCAUUUUCCUGGCACUGAGUAUCGCUCGCAUACGAGUUGUAUAACAGAAGACCAAAAAUAUCAAGGCGCGCUAUACAAGCCCAAAAGGCAAAAGCCCAAUCAGACAGAAGCACAAACCAACGACGACGCCAUGGCACACAGAGCGUACGUCGAGGACGCGGUGGAGGAAUAUGAACAAUACCAGGUCUACGAAGUCCACGAACCAGCGGAUGACUAUGGUGACUCGUACAAUGGCAUGCCAGCAGCCCCUAUGCCUCCGCCAGCUGUUCCUGAGGAGGCGAAUGUAAAUGUCUUCGACUACAUGGUAGAUGCAACCCCAAAUGCCUCAAAAGUCAAUUUCCCAGCGCAAACUUUCCAGUCGCAAGAAACCCCAAUGGGAUACGGAGGAGGCCGUCAACUCAUACGAUUCGAUGACGACUCAAACAACUAUAUCGAUGAAUCGGGUUAUAUGGUCGAUGACGGUUCAAUGGGUCAAUAUGGAACAGCCUUCGAAACACCAGCGCCAAAAGCACAUAGAAAGAAGACUAAGGAUGCCGAACGUGAACUGAAAAAGGACAAAAAACGGAAGCGACUGCAUAUUGAGACGAGCCCGGCGGCAUUAGCGCGUACCGACGAAGUCAUGACAGACGCUCCCCCUGUUCUACAUUCUGGUUUAACAGGUGGUUUGAACCGCAUGAUGCGGCCAUCACAAUUCCCACCAUCGCCGGAUUAUUCUGGAGGUGAUGCUGGCGAAACUUCACCAGCACUCUCAAUUCAAAAGAAGAAGCACACCAAGCCAUCCAAGGCUAGACGAACAGACAGCAUUGGUAGCAAUCUAAAGGCACUUGUAACUGGAACCUCAAAGUCAAAGGUCUCAAAAAAGAGGAAGCAUUCGUCCGAGAGGAAAGAAAAGAAGCGCCGAACACAUAGCCAUUCCAGCUCCAGCUCUCGGAAGGCUCCGAAGCUCAUUGAGUUCAAGGCGAAAUCUGGUGACGAGAAAGACGGCGAGAGCGGUGCUCUGGUUGUCUUUAAGCCCCGAUCAGAUCUCUUCCUAAGCCUCUGUAAUAAGGGCCCGGAGAGCGACCGUGGAUGCAGUGUGAACAAAGCCCUGAAGCGUUACCACCGCGAACGGUCCUCGUCAGGUACUAGUCUCGGCAAGGGCCUGGAGGAGAAGGAAUUAUGGAGAUCUCUGCGCAUGCGACGGAACGAGCGUGGCGAGAUUGUCCUCUUCUCUCUUGAAGAAGGGCAAUAGGAGGAGUAUAGAUGCAUGGGGAUCUAGACUUGGACAUGGCGUUCUAACAGGCUUGCUUUUG